CGCAACGCCCCUUCCUCGUUUUCCUUAAAUCCACCUCGUUGUCGUCGUCGACAGUAAACACUCGUCCGCUCCUUCAAAAGAUUUUUCCUGUUAAGAUGAUGAAGUCUUUUGCAAUCGUCUCUUUAUUCACGUCGAUGGCUUUGGCCCAGUCAUCAGGUUCUUCAACAUCUUCAGCUGCUGCGGCCUCCUCAACCGCUAGCCCUCUGAUUCCUACUGGCAUCAGUGCUACCUGCAGCACUUUCCUCACGACUCUGAACAGUGACUCGACCAUCACCACGUGCACAAAGGCUCUCCUCACGGCUACUUCCAGCAGCUCUACCUCCUCAGCAGCCGUGUCAAGUGCUCUGACGAACCUUUGCGCAGAUUCCAUCUCUACCAGCUGUCCUGACAGCCUCCUGCGCGGCAAAAUUACAGAAUUUUACACAGCCUGCACCGCUGAGUUGACCACCGCUCCUAAUUCUGCCGUGAUCAGGAUUUACGAUGUUAUCUACGCCAUCUCACCCAUGAAGACCGCUGUUUGUUCGAAAGACGACAGUGGCAACUGGUGUGCAAAGGCAUCCACUGCUUCAAACUCAUCUGCCAGUGGUCUCCACGCGUCCUCCACGCCACUCACUGCAGCUGACCUCCAAACUCCCCUCUCUGGUUCCAGUUCUGAGACCGUCCCCAACAUGGCGAUCUUCAGCAGCACCAAUCUCCCCUUCUGUUUCCUCACCCCUGCCCUCGAUGCAGCCUCCCUCUGCACGACCUGCACAAGGAAUAUUCUCACCGCUUACAUCACUUUCGAAUCAAACGCGCCUUACGGCCCAGGCAUUGCCAACAGUCAAAUUCUGGCAACCCAACCUGCGCUCUACGCCGCUGUCCAGCAGAAGUGCGGAACCAAUUUCCUUAACAACGUCGUCCAGGCCGCUGGUGGCAUUUCGACUGGCUCCAACAUCUUCCACUCGGGAGCAGUGCCUAUGAUUGAUGGCGCUGUUCAGAAUAUCUUGGCGCUGGCCAUGGGUAUGGUGACUCUGGCAGUCUCCGCACUCUAGCUUGACGAUUGGUACCGGAUACCGCGCUGUUUUUUUUAACACUUACAAUAUCCCUCGAUCUUACCCAGUUUCAGACCUUCGCUUAAUUAGCAACGUAUACCCACUGGGUACUUACUUGGUCAGAGGCCGCAAGACAAUGUCAUGAAAUCUUUGCUUGCGUUGCUGAAUUGGAAUUUUCAAUUUAUGUUACGUACGUACGGUACCUACUGCUCAUGAGUAGACAAUUAGUCGCCUUGUGCUAGAGGUCCCAAAUUCAAUCAGAAGUUAAUGUUUUUAGAUCUC